CCACUCCUACCGUCCACGACCUCUCUACCAAAAUUAAUCAUCGACAGCGCCCCGCCCCGACCCUCUUCGCUUGCGGGGCGUGCAGGUAGUUAUCGCCAGCAAAGGAGGGAGGAAAAACUACCCCUCUUCGCCUCGGAAAUCGACGUCAUCCGCUCGAAUUUCUAAGUUCCGCCUCUCAAAUACGUGCGCAGCACUAGAUUCUGUCCGAAUCCUCAUCUGGGUGUGGGUGUGUCUCUCUUUUUCGUCGUGUCUCGCGUUGGUUCUCCGGCCGCGGACCCGGUUCUUGGAUGAAGUACGUACAGGUACAGUUGCCCACGCGGAUGGUGCGUUCUGGGUUCUCGUCCUCCGUCCGCCCCACUUCGAUUUUGGAUUCUGGGCGAUCCCCGUGACCGUUGAUGUCAGUUUCUGAUAGGGAGAUAGCUGUUCUCGGUGGUAACGUCGUCGUCGAUGAUAGCAACGUUGGUGGAGGAGAGAAGGAGGGCGAAGAUGGCAAGGAUGUUGGUGGUGGAGUUGGGGUCUCUGUACCGCGUGAGGAUGAUCGGAGGAAACAGAGGGGUUGCGGGUGCGCGCCGCCGUGGAAUCUUGCCAAGCUCAAGAGGGUUCUCGGGGCUUCGUCCAACAGGAAAACAUCGAGGCGACGCAGGAGGAGGAACGGUAAAGGUUGCGUCUUUUGCUUCAGCAGGCCGAAGACUCCGGAAUCGCCGGCCGAUUCUCACGUGAGCGAUCCCGAGGACCCGACUUUCGCGCAUGUGAUGCUGAGGGAUUUGUUGGAAAAGAAUGAUUUUUACUCCGGGGAAUGCAAUCCCCACUUGGACAUCCCUUACCUUUCGUGUGAGCACAGAUAGGGAAGGUAAGUUUUUCGACCGGUUGUCUGUAUUUCUAUCCCUCUGCCGUUGUUGCAGAGGACGUUGUUGGGAAGUCUUCAAUCGGAGGUGCGCAAGAUUGUUGAAACUUGUUGAAUUCGUGAUCGCCGUGCUGAUUCUGGUUCUUCCAGAAGCGGUGGCAAUUGGGUUGUGAAUUGAAAUUGGAGUUCAAGUGCUAAUGGUUGGGUGAAUUACGGAGACGAGGUUGGCUCAUCGGUUUAUCAGAUUGGAUGGAUUUUGAAUUCGCGGUCCUCGAUCACUUGAUGAGUUGCAGAAUCAUCAGGCCUCUUGCUUGGUCUGCACUUUUGGCCUUUGCUUCCCGCUUGUCUUUCUGGAGGUGCUAUGAGAUUGGUUUAAGGACGGUAUGGUUGAAAGGAAUACUUAGGGCAGAGAAAAUCAUUCUCUUAAAAGUUUACAGUAGAUUAGCUGUCUGCGUUAAUAUGGAAGGAUUGAAUUCUUUGUAUUCUUUUCAAAACGUAGAGCUAUUAUACUUUCAUGAGGAGAUUGAGCAUAUUUCUACCGAUGAUUUUACUGAGGAAAUUCUCGUUUGUGAAACUUUCGAAUCAAUACUCUGCAAUAGGGAAGGCUUCUACGUCCAGUAGGUUGGUUCAGCAGCUUGCUCGUUACUCUGUCUAUUUUACUUUUUUCAAACUCAAUGCCCCUAUUCCGAUUUCUAGAGUCCCUCCCCAAGGGUUUCCAUUCCCUGUCUUGUUUGAGCUUCGAGGGUUUCGUGUCUUAUUGGAAGUUUCGAAUGGUAGGCCUUCCACUUGGAUUGUGUGGCCACCAACAGAUGAGAAUGAAAUGGCAUGGCCGACAGGCGACGCCAGUACAUCCUACUCGAGGGGUUCAGCUUUUUUACUAAAAGUGCACGUUCGGAUGGCCUUUGCAUCUGGUACCGGAAAUUACUGGUGAGUGAUGGGACGACACAACACAGAGGGUUACCCUACAGGAACCUUUGGUAGGAUGCUUUGCCCCUGAGGUUCAUAAUUGAUGAGUACUUGAAUUAGACUUUUGGAUAGAUAGAGAGAAUGCCAUGUAUUUUUGACUGGGGGUAGCCGGUGCAUUGCAGAUUACUCUCUGUGCCUUGUACCAGGGGUGAUUGUUCCCUAUUCUAAAAUUAGAAAUAAGAAUAUAAGGGUCGCUUCCCCCUUUGUGGAACCA